CCUCCCACUCAUCUUUCUCCCACUCCCUUUUUCCUCCUUUGAGGUUUAUAGCGGUGAGCUCACGCAGCCACAAGCCUCAAGAAAAUCGCACAGUACUACGGAAGAAAACUCAGUGCCUCAGGGAAAGCAGGAGACAGCACGACUCAGCUCGAGGAGCCAGCCCCCUCCCCGGGCCCGGAAGGCAAGGCGCAGCCCACCAGAGUGGAGUUUCCGGCUCCGAGGCUUCCCCGUUGGGCGCGGAGCGUGGCCGGUGCCCGCUCACCGCCGGGAACAACCUCCUCACUGUUCCUGCAGGCCACGAGUGCCAGUCGCCAGCCGCGCCCGGGCCUCCGGGCGGCCAGGGUCGAAUCGGGUGACGGCGAGGGGUGUGCGUUGCUAACUAGCCGGCCUCCGCGGAGAAGGAGGGCCCGUCCCGGGCUCCGCCUCCGGUCCCGGUGACUAGCCCCAGCCCAAGCCGAUCGCCCACACUUGCCAGCGCUCGCCAGCGUUCGCCCUGUUCCGCGCGUCAUGUGUCCCCGAGCCGUGCCAGCGCCAGCGCUGCAGCUUUUGGCUCUGGGCGCGCUGCUGUGGCCGGCGGCCGAUGCCUGGGAGCUCACGAUCCUGCACACCAACGACGUGCACAGCCGACUGGAACAGACCAGCGAGGACUCUAACAAGUGUGUCAACGCCAGCCUCUGCGUGGGCGGCGUGGCGCGACUCUUCACCAAGGUGCAACAGAUCCGCCAAGCCGAGCGCAAUGUGCUGCUGCUGGACGCCGGCGACCAGUACCAGGGCACCAUGUGGUUCACCGUGUACGAGGGCGCCGAGGUGGCACACUUCAUGAACGCCCUGGGCUACGAUGCCAUGGCACUGGGAAACCAUGAAUUUGAUAAUGGUGUAGAAGGACUGAUCGGCCCACUCCUCAAAAAGGCUAAAUUUCCGAUUCUGAGUGCUAACAUUAAAGCAAAGGGGCCUCUAGCAUCUGAAAUAUCAGGACUUUAUCUGCCAUAUAAAAUUCUUUCUGUUAAUGGUGAAGCUGUGGGAAUUGUUGGCUACACAUCCAAAGAAACUCCUUUCCUCUCCAAUCCAGGAGCAAAUUUAGUAUUUGAAGAUGAAAUCACUGCAUUGCAACCUGAAGUAGACAAGCUAAAAACUCUAAGUGUGAACAAAAUUAUUGCACUGGGACACUCCGGCUUUGAAACAGAUAAACUCAUUGCUCAGAAGGUGAAGGGCGUGGACGUCGUGGUGGGAGGACACUCCAACACAUUUCUCUACACAGGCAAUCCACCUUCCAAAGAGGUGCCUGUUGGGAAGUACCCAUUCAUAGUCACCUCUGACGAUGGGCGGAAGGUUCCUGUGGUCCAGGCCUAUACUUUUGGCAAAUACUUAGGCUACUUGAAGGUUGACUUUGAUGAGAAAGGAAAUGUCAUCACAUCACAUGGAAAUCCUAUUCUUCUAAACAGCAGCAUCCCUGAAGAUCCAAGUAUAAAAGCACAGAUUAACAGCUGGAGGAUAAAAUUAGAUAAUUACUCUACCCAGGAAUUGGGGAAAACAAUUGUCUAUCUGAAUGGCUCCGAUAAGGCGUGCCGCUUUGCUGAAUGCAACAUGGGCAACUUGAUCUGUGAUGCUAUGAUUAACAACAACCUGAGACACCCAGAUGAGAUGUUCUGGAACCACGUGUCCAUGUGCAUUUUAAAUGGAGGUGGAAUCCGAUCGUCCAUUGAUGAAAAGAACAAUGGUACAAUUACGUGGGAAGAUCUGACUGCUGUGCUGCCCUUUGGAGGCACAUUUGACCUGGUCCAGUUGAAAGGUUCCACUCUGAAGAAGGCCUUCGAGCACAGUGUGUACCGCUACGGCCAGUCCACUGGAGAGUUUCUGCAGGUGGGCGGAAUCCAUGUGGAAUAUGACCUUUCCAGAAGACCUGGAGAUAGAGUGGUAAAACUAGAUGUUCUCUGCACCAAGUGUCGAGUACCCAGCUAUGAGCCCCUCAAAAUGGAUGAGGUAUAUAAGGUGAUCCUCCCCAACUACCUGGCCACUGGUGGAGACAGAUUCCAGAUGAUAAAAGAUGAAUUAUUAAAACAUGACACUGGUGACCAAGAUAUCAACGUGGUUUCUCAAUAUAUCUUAAAAAUGAAAGUAAUUUAUCCAGCAGUUGAAGGUCGGAUCAAGUUUUCUGCAGGAAAUCACUGCCUCGGAAGCUUUUCUUUAAUACUUCUUUCACUCUUGGUAGUGAUCCUUGUUUCAUACCAAUAGCCAAAAUAUUCUCCUUGACAGUGGUUUGUGAAACUGCAUUUUUUAAAAAAAAGUGAAACUCAAAACUGCCUUCCAUGAACUUGUUGCAAUGGCACAAAACUAUUUGUGCAGGCUCCUAGAAGCUGUUGCUGUGAGCACUGUAAAAGGAAGACUGACAUCACUCAGGUCAGCAACUCGAUACAAGAAACAAAACGUUAAAAGUAGGGCUCUUCGAGGAGAGAGCCAACCAUGUAGUGUACAUGUCCAAACCUUAAUAAAAAUUUUAUUAACUUUAAGCCAUACACAUCAAUUCUCUCCUUUAUAUCCAUUUCUAAUCCAUCAAGUAACUUGUGUUUACACAUAAUAUCAUUUAUAAGAAAAACUUAAGCACAUUGUCUCAUUUAGUAUCUAUGAUUUUGGUGGUACUGGACAGAACAGGAAACUGAAGUUCAGGAAGGGUUCGCUUGAUCAAGACCCUACAGGUGGAACUAACGUAUUCACAGGGUAGCAUUCUCCCCUGUAUCACCCAUGCACUUUUAAUGAGUCAGGGAACAAACUGUGCAAUAGAUAACAGCAAAAGUCAGAGGCUGUAAAACACAGUCAAAAGGCAAGACAAGGCAAUAAAAGGAAGAACAGCACA